AUGAGCUACCACGGGGGAGGAUUUUAUGGCGGCUACGACCAGCGCGGCCGUGGCUACGAUGAUCCCAAUCGCCCUAGCAGCAGCGGAGGCGGCUACGGCGACCAGCGCGGAAGUUACGAUCAGCGUGGAGGUUACGAUCAACGGGGAGGGUACGACCAGCGAAGAGGGUACGACCAACAUGGGCAACACGGUCACAAUCAACGCGGAGGAUAUGAUCAACGCGGAUACGACCAGCGUGGGGGUUACGACUCUCGUGCCAGUGAAUACGGCAGAUCCUCGUCGGGUUACGACGACUACAAUCGCGGUGGUGGACAGGGUUACGGCUCUGGAUCAAGUGGGUACGAAGGUAAUCGAGGGGAUUACAGCUCCGGUGGUUAUGAUGAUCGCGGACGAGGAGGGUCUCAUGGCGGCUAUGGAGCUGCCGGGUACGAUGACCGAGGAGGUUACGGAGGCUCCUCUUCUCAUGGAGGCUACGGUGGCUCGUCGGGUUACGACAGUCGAGGUGGAUACGACCAGAAUCGAGCAGGAAGCAGCUACAGUAGUGGAAGUGGAGGCUAUGACGACCGGUCCCGUGGUUAUUCUGGGGCAGGUUACGAUGACCGCUCACGUGGAGGGUACGGUUGCCGAGACGACCGUGGUUACGGCGGCAGUGCAAGUGUAGGCGGACAGGGAGACCGCGGAUACGGUGGCCGAGAUGACCGUGCAGGAGAUCGCGGUUACGGCGGAGGAGGACGAGAUGAUCGUGGAUAUGGUGGCAGUGGGCAUGACCGUGGCCACGGUACAGGUACUGGCGGCAAUCACGGACGAGAUGACCGUGGAUACGGUCGACAAGGAGAACAUGGGGGCGACGACCGUCGUGGAGGAGAUCGUGGCUAUGGAGGUGGUGGAGAUCGAGGCCAUGGAGGUGAUCGAGACCGUGGUGGAUUCGGAGGAAGAGGCCGAGGUGGUGGUCGUGGAGGUGGCGGCUCACGAGGACAAGAAGGACCCGGUGCAGGCGUCAUCUCCGGCACUGGCUACGAGCAGAUUGGAAACCCGAUCGCUGACCCGCGUAUUCAAGAAGAAUGGAGCGGCCGAGCCGGUGUUCGUGAGGUCCGUGCUGACGACGCCGAUCUACAGCAAGAGGUGCAGAUUUGCCGCCGUCCAGGCAUCACUCAAAGCGGCAAGACGACGCAGUUGAACGUCAAUUACUUCGGUGUUUCGCUCGACUCGGCGCCUUCGGAGAUUUUCAAGUACCACGUGACUGUGGAGCGCUCGCCCGAUCUUCAAGCAGACUGCAAGUAUGGUCCUUCAGCUCCCGAUCAGAAGGAUGAAAGCAUGGGUGACGAACCAAAACAGGAAGGCAAGGACGUCAAGGAUGUGGAGAUGACUGAUGCGUCAGCAGAUGCACCACCUAAGCGAGAGGCACGUCCGGAGCGUCCUCUGCCUCGCUCGCUUGUGCGUAACGUGAUUAACGCUGCGCUUCGUCAAUAUGAAUCGGAGUUCGGCGGUCUCCGUGUGGUUCAUGACGGUAUGGCUGCGCUGUAUUCACCGGCGUUGCUGCCGUGGCAUGCCAAGGACUUCACAGACGUUAAUCCGGACGGCCCCAGCGCAGCUCCAGUGGCUCCUCCGCAGUCUGCGAGUGGUGACGGUGCUCAGCGUCGCGGCUUCAGAGGCCCACGCACUUUCGUUGUCAAGAUGAAGCUGGUCGAGACAAUCUCCACCUCGAGCUUGAAGGAUCACUACUCUAACUCGGACGUGAACGUUAUGCCAGUUCUCCAGGCUCUCGAUGUGGUGGCUCGCCACCUUGGAGCUCAACGUCUGAUCGCUGUAGGACGCAACUUCUUCACUAUGAAGAAGACGCACACGCUCAAGGGUGGGAAGGAGCUCUGCUGGGGCUACCACCAAGCGCUUCGUCUGGCCGACAAUAAGCUGUUGAUGAAUGUCGACCAAGCGGCUACGGUGUUCUACUCGCCUGGUCCUCUGAUGCAACUUGCAGUGGCAGCGCUGCGUGUACGGGGCCCCGAAGACGUGCGAGACCUCACAGAACGAGAUAUGAAGUCCCUGGCUCGUGCACUACGCAAGAUUGAGGUGGUGCCUACACACCGCAAGGACCGAAAGCGCGCGAUUUUCGGAGUUAGUGCUCAACCCGCCAACAUGACUAUGGUAAACAUCAAGGGUGAGAACAUGUCGGUUGCUGCGUACUUCAGUGGUAAGUACAACAUGCAGCUGCGUUAUCCGAACCUGCCGUUGGUGAACGUGGGCAGCAAGCGUCCAGGCAAGGAAAAUUGGCUACCUAUUGAGGUUUGCGAGGUGGCUCCAGGACAGCGUUGCGCUAAUAUCAACGAUCUCGAUACUGCUGAGAUCAUUCGCCAGACCAGCCAGCCUCCACGCAACCGCCAAGAGAACAUCAUAGAGCAGAUUCGUCAGGCAGGCUUUGAGAACGACCCGUUCCUUGCUGCGUUUGGUAUUAAGGUGGAUCAGCGUCUCCAGCCAGCCGAGGCUCGUGUCAUGGACGCCCCUGACGUCCAGUACCAGAACGUGUCGGAGCGUCCGUAUGGUGGUCAGUGGAGUCUCAAUGGGAAGAAGUUCGUGGAGGGAGUUCCGGUUCGUAACUGGGGGGUGAUUGUUGCAGCUAACGUGAGUGAACGCGUCGCUCAGAACUUUGUCAGCAAGUUGACGGACUUAGGUGACCAGCGUGGACUUCCAUUCGAGGACAAAAGACCUGUUUUGAUCCAUCAGGACCAGUACCGUGGAGCCCAAGUCGAAGAACUGAUGAAGAUGUGCCACCAAGAACUUGAGCGACGCAGUUUGGGCCCUCCGCAGUUCCUGUUGGUCAUUUUGCCGGCUAAGAACUCCCCAGUGUAUGGAGACGUGAAGCGCAUGUCCGACACGGUUCUCGGUCUGCCAUCGCAGUGCAUUGCAUCGCAGAAUCUUCCUCGAGCCAACCCGCAGUUCUGCGCCAAUGUUUGUCUGAAGAUCAACAUGAAACUCAAUGGUAAAAACGCAAUACUGCGCGACCCGCUCCCGCUGAUCAGCAGUGAGCCUACAAUUAUCAUCGGUGCUGAUGUGGAGCACCCACGCUCUGGUAUGGGUGGUCGACCAUCGAUCGCUGCCGUUGUGGCCUCUAUGGAUCGCUACUCUGCUCAGUAUGCUGCUCGUGUGGCAGCGCAGAAGGCUUCGAGUGACAUCCAGCAACUACCCAACAUGCUGCGUGAGCUCUUCUUGGCUUACUACGAGAACACGAAGCGCAAACCGGAGCGCGUGGUCUACUACCGUGACGGCGUGAGUGAAGGCCAGAUGUUUGACAUCCUGCAGACGGAGAUGCGUGCACUACGGAAAGCGUUUAAGAUGAUCUCCGAGGACUAUAACCCGCCCGUGACGUUCGUUGUUGUGAACAAACGUCACCAUCUACGAGCAUUCACGGUGAACCCUCGUGAUGCCGAUCGUAAGGGCAACGUGAUGCCUGGUACUGUGAUCGACACGAGCAUUGCGAACCCGCAUCGUUUCGACUUUUUCCUGUACGGCCACAGCGGCAUUCAAGGCACCACUGUUCCUGGACACUACACUGUGCUGCACGAUGAAAACAAGAUGUCUGCCGAGGACAUUCAGCGCCUCACGUACCACUUGGGGUACACGUUCUCUCGAUGCACGCGCUCGGUGUCUUUCGUGACGCCCGUAUACUACGCGCACUUGGCCGCUGCUCGAGCUCGCUUCUACUUGAACGAGGGCUCGGACGGUGCGUCCACUGUAGGCUCGUACAUCUCGAACACGUCGAACUUUGAGUUCGCCGAGGUGCACUCGAAUGUCCUCAACCGCAUGUUCUACACGUAA